UUUAACGCCCCAGAUGAUUGCGUACCAGGGGUAGCUAUUGAAAUACGCAAAAACCUGCCGCUUCGUUGGAUUUUCCUCUGAGACUGAGGCCAUGAAUUCCGCGGAGCAGACGGUCACCUGGCUGAUCACACUCGGGGUGCUGGAGUCGCCGAAAAAGACUAUAUCGGAUCCAGAGGCAUUUUUACAGACCUCCCUCAAAGAUGGGGUGGUCUUGUGUAGACUGCUGGAGCGGCUGAGCCCGGGCUCCAUGGACAAAAUCUACCAAGAACCGAAGAACGACGGCGAGUGCUUGAGCAACAUAAAGGAGUUUCUCAAAGGCUGCACUUCGUUUCGCGUAGAGGUGUUUGAGCCCAGUGAUCUGCUCCUAGGACUGAACUUCUCCAGGAUACUCAGCAGUCUGGUGGCUCUCAACAAAGUGACUGCAGACAUUGGAGUGGGCAGUGACAGUGUCUGUGCCCGUCACUCGUCAGCCCAUCGGAUCAAGUCGUUUGAGUCUCUGGUCUCCCAGUCAUCACUGGGUCGAUCCUCCAAGCUGCUUCAGAACCAGUUCCGCAGCCUGGACAUGUCUGAGGGCAGCGGGACGCAGCUAUUGGUCAAGGCUCGCUUCAACUUUGAACAAACCAAUGAGGACGAGCUGUCCUUCAACAAGGGGGAUGUCAUCAACGUGACACGCCAGGAGGAGGGCGGCUGGUGGGAGGGGAACUUCAACGGCAAGACCGGCUGGUUCCCUAGCAACUAUGUCCGUGAGAUCAAAGGCUGUGACAAACAAGUGUCCCCCAAAUCUGGGACCCUCAAGAGCCCCCCAAAAGGCGUUGACACUACGGCCAUUAGCAAGACCUAUUACAACCUGGUGCUACAGAACAUUCUAGAAACAGAGAGAGAAUAUUCCAAGGACCUCCAGAGCCUUCUGACCAACUACCUGCGAUCACUCCAGAGCACAGAGAAACUGAGCAGUACAGAUGUGUACUUGAUCCUGGGGAACCUGGAGGAUAUCAACACCUUCCAGCAGAUGCUCGUCCAAUCAUUGGAGGAGUGCACCAAACUUCCAGAGAGCCAGCAGAGGGUAGGGGGCUUCUUCAUGAACCUGAUGCCCCAGAUGAAGGCUCUCUACGUGGGUUACUGCUCCAACCACCCCUCGGCAGUCAACGUGCUCACCCAGCACAGUGAGGAGCUGGGGGAGUUUAUGGAGGGGAAGGGAGCCAGUAGUCCAGGUAUCCUGACCCUGACCACAGGUCUCAGUAAACCCUUCAUGAGGCUGGACAAAUACCCCACACUAACGAAGGAACUGGAGAGACACAUGGAGGAGAGUCACCCCGACUGGCCAGACAUCCAGAAGUGUAUGACAACGUUCAAGAGCCUCUCGGCCCAGUGCCAGGAGGUGAGGAAGAGGAAGGAGCUGGAGCUGCAGAUAGUGACUGAGUCCAUCAGGCUGUGGGAGGGAGACGACAUCAGGACACUGGGCUCUGUUCUCUACAUGAGUCAGGCUCUGGUUAACAGCCCUGGAGCAGAGGAGAAGUAUGAGCGCUACCUCAUGCUUUUCCCUCAUGUCCUCCUCAUGCUGUCUGCCACUCCAAGGAUGAGUGGCUUUAUAUUCCAGGGGAAGCUACCAUUGACUGGUAUGACUGUGACCACGCUAGAGGACAGUGAUGCCCACAAAAACUCCUUUGAGCUUUCUGGCAGUCUAUUUGAGCGUCUCCAGGUUGUGUGUAACAAUCAGCAGGAUCAGCAGGACUGGGUAGACCACUUGACCCGUCAGACCAAACACACCACUGUCCCCAGCCACAAACCACUCACUGUCCCCUGUCACACGUUGCCCUCCCACCCUCUGACUCCGUCCCGUCACGCGGAGGGCCGGGCGAUGACGGUGGCUCCUGCCUACCACACCCUGCCCCACCCCUCCUCCCACGGGGCUCCACACAGCACCAUGAUGUGGGGGCCCCUGGAGCCCCCUAACACCCCCAAGCCCUGGAGCCUCAGCUGCCUGCGCCCCUCACCCCCUCUCAGGCCCUCUGCAGCUCUCUCCUACAAGGAGGACCUCAGUAAAAGCCCUAAGAGUGUGAAGAAGCUUCUUCCUAAACGUAAACCAGAGAGAAAACAGUCAGACGAGGAGUUUGCCCUGAGGAAGAGUACAGCUGCUCUAGAGGAAGAUGCUCAGAUCCUAAAGGUGAUAGAAGCUUACUGUACCAGCGCCAAGACCAGACAGACCCUCAACUCCACCUGGCAGGGCACUGACCUGAUGCACAACCACGUGCUGGGGGACUUGGACCGGUCCUGUGUGGACUCUCCAGGCCACCGUAGCAGCGUGUCACGGCCUGACGUGACUGGCUCAGACCUGUCGGAAGACUCUGACUACGACUCUGUGUGGACGGCCCACAGUUACAGGAUGGGCUCAGUGUCGCGGGCGAUGCGGAGGGACACAGGGCUGCAAGUCAUCAUCCCUGGAGAGGAGAAGAUCAUUGUGGAGGAGACCACGAGCAACGGACAGACUGUAGUCGGAGAGAAGAGCCUCGAGGAUGUAGUGUACGCCCUGAGGGACGAGGUACAGGAGCUCAAACAGGACAAUAAGAAGAUGAAGAGGUCACUGGAGGAGGAGCAGAGGGCACGGAAAGAUCUGGAGAAAGUGGUCAGGAGGGUCUUAAAGACUAUGAACGACCCCACCUGGGACGAGACUAACUUAUGAGGUGUGUGUGUGCAUAUGAGAUGGUGUGAGAGUGAAUUGUGUGUGUGUGUGUGUGUGUGGGGGGGGGGUAGUGUGUGAUGGAGAAACGUGUGUGAGUGUGAAUGACUGUUUGCUUUCGGAAACAUGGUUGUGUGUGUGUGUGUGUGUGUGUAGAACUAGGACCCUGAGUUUUCCCCGGUCAGGUCACAUGGCUAGGAAAAAGUUGUGGCUCCACCUAUAACAAUGAGGAACGUCUGUGGAUCUCUCCCUAAACCAACAUGGACCUGGAGUCUUCCCUCUCUCCCUCCCUCCGUCUCUGUUUACAAAUGAUACUCAGCAAAGCAUUACAGCUCUAAUGGUACUGUACAAAAACAACUCCUCAUUCACCUCUUCUCUACUGUUAUUUAAUUACUAUGAAAUCUAUCCAUUUGAAUGUCUUAUAUUUCCAUUGUCUUGUGGUCUUCUGUGUAAGGACUUGUAGCGGCCUGCCUUGUGGUUGGGCCUUGUGUUGUCAUUGACCGGUGGGUCAGAAGGGA